GCUCUUGUGGAUGCUGUGGUCUGAAAAUCUGGGGACUUGCUUUCUCCUGGCUAAACUGUUUCCUGCCCAGGGAUGUCCUGAGGUUUUAGCAACAGUGUCUUGGGUGCCAGUCACUGUGCAGAGAGCCUUCCCCAACAUCCCGUGAACCGACCACUGUGAUUAUUCCCAUCACACAGAUGAGGAGACUGAGGCUCAAAGAAGUUAAGACUUCAAAGCCUGAGGUCCCACAGUGCCGGGACUCAAGUUACAUAUGUCUGACCUUGAAAGGUGAGUUCCUGCCACCGGACCUCCCAGCCUUCCUGGGUGAUGGACUCUGUAGUACAGAAAAGAGGGCAGAGGUGAGUGGCCAUUCCUACAACUGGGUAAAGUUACCAGAACAUGGUUUCCAAACAAUGGAAUUCUUUCCAGAGAGACAGUGGUGUCCCUACCUUUGGGAACCCCAGGUCUCCCUACCCUUCCUGCCUCUACUCUUUUUAGUCCACACUCCCUUCCCCUGCUUCUGGAGAGGAUUUUGGCUGCUGGGCUAUUCCCACCCUCUUUCCCUUUUCAUUGUCCCCAGCCAUGACCUUCUGAGAGGCAGGAGCUGGCUGGUUCUGAAGCACAGAGAUGGGCCUGCACACCCAGCCACCCCUCCUUCCCCCUGCUAUGUAUAGUAAGCUUCCCUUCCCCAGCUCUACCCACGGCCCUGCCUCACCAGGCCUUGCCCUCCUAGGAUGGAGACUGAGAGGGAGGUUGGGGAGCAGUAGGCUGAUGGGCUGAUGGACAGACAGACAGUCAGAUCACUGUCUCUGCCAGCCCUGACCUCCCAGCAAAGCUUUCUGAGAGCCGUGCUUCCAGCCUUGAAGUCCUCCCUCACUGGAGCCUGUCACCUAAAGUUUCCUCCCCCUUGAUGAUCCUCAGUUUCUUCAUAAUAGCAUAUGAGCAUCCCAGCUUUCCUGGAUGGUUGGAAGCUGGGUGAUACAUUAGCUUUGGGACACAGAAACUCGUGCUGGCAGUAGCCCUUCCCUGACGGAGAGAUCAUUCUUGUCCUUUGGGAAACGCAUGAUGCUUGCUGUGUCCCACUGGUGGCUAAGUCCAAGGAUGGAGCUGGCUGCAGACUCAGCCCUCUGCCCAGCCCUCCACUCCUCUGGGGACUCCAGUCCCUUCAAGUCCAGAGCAUUAGCCCUGUCCUAUUCUGUGCUCUCAAGGCCUUCUCUGGCUCUGUUUCCACCAUAUAUCAGACUGGGAGGGUUGCUGCUUGGCCAGGCCUGUGUCUUGGAGUCCCAGGAAGUGGGGUGCCCUGGGGCGCUGUCCCCUGAUUAUGCCUAGAGGCUUUCUUAGAACCAGCUCUGGGCAGUGGUGUACCCCAGGUGGCCAGGGGAUAGCCGCUUCCUUUCCCAGAAGCCUCAGAACCUCCCUGGGAGAUGGGGUAGUGGCCACAGGGCCCCAGGCCUCCCUCACCCCCUUCACCUAGGUCUGGCAGAGGCCAUGGCUGUCUGCCAACUUCAUGGAGGUGGGUGUGGCAGCCACCACUGGGGAAAGGGUCUGGGGACGGAGUUCUGGGAGCUUCCUCUGAGCCCCUGAGCUCUCUUCCCUCUCCAGGAAGGUAGAGAUCCCCUCCUGGCCCCCUGCCCCACAGCCCAAGGCUUUGGCUCCCACAGUCCCCAUCCAGGCGGGGCUGGCAGCAGGUGACUGGAUAAGAAAGGCGUGGUGAAUGGGGGCGUGGGCCCUGGCAAGUGCACUCCUUGGCCAAUCAGCAGCCUGCCCAGCCGGUGGAUUCAGUUACAAGUCUGAGAUCACCCCAUACUCCAGCCUCCUUCCUACUCCUCCCAAAGCUCCAUUCAUUGGUCCCGCUGCACUGGGUCUGCAGGGCACUGCUUCCGCUCAAUUGCUAAAGCUCCUGCCUCGUGGGCUGCGGGGGUAGGUGUCCUGGGGGCUUUGUCUGACUGGGCUGGCCUAGGACAGAAUGGGGGUUCCGGUAGUGCUGUUAGGGAUGCUGAGCUUCCUGGGAGUGGGAGGCCCCUCUGCCCUCCGCUGGGACAGCACCUCCUGCCACUUGGCCAGUCCCAUCCCUGGCAGCCCCUUGGGGACCCUGAGCUUUCUGAGCAAGGGUGCCCAAGGACUGGCCCUGUUCCACACCCGCUGGGAUAGGCAUGGGAGGCUGCAAGCGUGUAGCUGGCAAGACGAGCCAGAGCUCACCGCAGCCUUCAGUGCCCUCUGUGCUGGUGAGAUCACCCAGGGCUCCUUCAUCCACACCCCUGGCCCCGAGCUGCAGAGAGCCCUGGCCACCCUUUGGAGUCAGUGGAGGGCCUGCAGAGGGCCUGAAGGGGCUAGGGAGAAGCGAGCGGCAGAGACCAGGGAAGACCAAGCAGGUGGAGCUCCUGGGAGCGUAAGACCUCAGCGGGUGAAGAGAGGCUGGACCAUGCCUGGCACGCUGUGGUGUGGAGUAGGGGAUUCUGCUGGAAACUCCUCUGAGCUGGGGGUCUUCCAAGGCCCUGAUCUCUGCUGCCGGGAGCAUGACCGCUGCCCACAGAACAUCUCGCCUUUCCAGUAUAGCUACGGCAUCCGAAACUACCGAUUCCACACCAUCUCCCAUUGUGACUGUGAUGCCAGGUUCCAGCAAUGCCUGCAGAACCAGCGCGACUCCAUCUCGGACAUCGUGGGCGUGGCCUUCUUCAAUGUGCUGGAGAUCCCCUGCUUUGUGCUUGAGGAACAGGAGGCGUGUGUGGCGUGGUACUGGUGGGGAGGGUGUAGAACAUAUGGCUCCAUACCCCUUGCCCGCCUCCAGUCCAGGACCAUCUACAAUGCCUCCUGGAGCUCCCCCACCACCCCUGUGACUCCCAGCCUCCAAAGCCCAGCCCCCAGCAAGCCUCGACAGAAGCAGCAUCCUCAGAAGCGGCCGCCACAGCGGAAAGGGUCUGAGCACACCCACAAAACUAACACCACAGCCCUCUGGGUCCCCAAGGCCUCUACCAAACCUGAUAUGUCCCCAACAGCCUGGCUGGAGGUCACCCAUCCAGGCCUCCAGUGGCCACAUAAUGGCCUAAAACCCCGGGAUGCCCGCCGGGCCUGCCGCAGCUUCCGCCGCCUGGAUCAAUGCGAGCAGCAGAUUGGACCUCAGGAGACCAAGUUCCAGCUGCUCAAUAGCGCCCAUGAGCCCCUCUUCCACUGCAAUUGCACACGUCGUCUGGCACGCUUCCUGAGGCUCCACAGCCCACCUGAGGGCACCAACGUGCUUUGGGAGCUGCUAGGCAUGACCUGCUUCGAGCUUGCCCCUCCACUGGACUGUGCUGAGGGCAAAGGCUGUUCCAGAGACCCUAGGGCCAUUAAGGUACCAGCCCGGCACUUGCGGCGACUUCAAAAGAGGCGACGCCAGCUCUGGGGUGUGGGCACAGGUGAGGGGCAGUUGCAGCCUUCGGAUCACCCAAGAGCCCCCAUGUCAUUCUAUGACCGCUGCCUGCGGCUGACCUUGCAGAGACCCAACAGGAGAGAGAAAUCCUAGAA